GUCCCCCAUAUAAAAGGUUGCGCUUGCGCCCAACCCUAGCCCUCUCAUUCUCCCCUCCCGGCUCCCCAGCAGCCGCCGCGUUCCCAUCUCUCCUCCAUUGCCGGCGACGAGCUCCUACCAGGUAAGUAGGAGGAGGUCGGCGAGGAUGUCGCACCGUAAAUUCGAGCACCCGAGGCAUGGAUCCCUCGGCUUCCUCCCUAGGAAGCGGGCCUCCCGCCACCGCGGAAAGGUGAAGUCCUUCCCUAGGGAUAACCCGACGAAGCCCUGCCACCUCACUGCCUUCCUUGGCUACAAGGCUGGCAUGACACAUAUCGUGCGUGAGGUCGAGAAGCCUGGCUCCAAGCUCCACAAGAAGGAAACCUGUGAGGCUGUUACCAUCAUUGAGACCCCUCCUCUUGUCAUUGUUGGACUUGUGGCAUACGUUAAGACCCCACGUGGUCUGCGUACCCUCAACUCUGUCUGGGCCCAGCACCUGAGUGAAGAAGUGAGGAGAAGGUUCUACAAGAACUGGUGCAAGAGCAAGAAGAAGGCUUUCACCAAGUAUGCCCUCAAAUAUGACAGUGAUGCAGGCAAGCAAGAAAUCCAGGUGCAACUUGAGAAGAUGAAGAAGUAUGCUUCAGUUGUCCGUGUUAUCGCCCACACUCAGAUUAGAAAGAUGAAAGGUUUGAAGCAGAAGAAGGCCCACCUCAUGGAGAUCCAGGUUAACGGUGGCACUAUCGCAGACAAGGUUGACUAUGGCUACAAGUUCUUUGAGAAGGAGGUCCCGGUUGAUGCUGUCUUCCAGAAGGAUGAGAUGAUUGACAUCAUUGGUGUCACCAAGGGUAAGGGGUACGAAGGUGUGGUUACCCGUUGGGGUGUCACCCGCCUUCCCCGCAAGACCCACAGGGGUCUCCGCAAGGUCGCCUGUAUUGGUGCCUGGCAUCCUGCUAGGGUGUCGUACACUGUUGCCCGCGCUGGUCAGAAUGGAUAUCACCACCGUACUGAGAUGAACAAGAAGGUUUACAAGAUCGGCAAGGCUGGACAGGAAAGCCAUGAUGCCUCUACAGAGUUUGACAGGACUGAGAAGGACAUCACUCCCAUGGGUGGCUUCCCCCACUACGGUAUCAUCAAGGGUGACUACCUGAUGAUCAAGGGCUGCUGCGUGGGCCCCAAGAAGAGGGUGGUGACACUCCGCCAGUCCCUGCUGAAGCAGACCUCACGGCUGGCGUUGGAGGAGAUCAAGCUCAAGUUCAUCGACACCUCGUCUAAGUUCGGGCACGGGCGCUUCCAGACCACCGACGAGAAGCAGAGGUUCUACGGCAAGACCAAGGCCUGAGCUGAGGUUCUGCUGUCGAAGCAAGAUGUCUUACCAGAUAGUGUUCAGUUUGUUUUUUCUCAGUUUUGUUGGAGAUAUUCGGAGGACCGGUUUGUGUUGCUACUGUGAGCUGCUUUCAUUGCAGAUGAUUAAAGUUAUUACAAAUUUUGAACUUGGUAACAUGUUGGAUUCUCUGGUA